AUGCGUGUUCAAGCACUUAAGAUAGCAGAAAUUGCUUUGUCUCAGGAAUUAAAUGAAGGUGUGUGCAAUGCAUCGGCAUUUCAUGAUGCUAAAUUUCUGUCAAAGAAUGGCAAUCCUAAGGAACUUUUUCUAUCAAGUGAUGCGAAUGCUCUUAUCGAACACACAAAGAAAGUUCUGGUUAUCGAGGAUGGGGAAGUAGUUCAUCUUUAGGAAGGGGGUGUAUCAAUCCUAAAAUUUGAUAAUGAAAAAGGAAGAAAUGGUGGUAGUCUUUCUAGGCCUGCAUCAGUGCAACGUGCAUUAUCUAUUCUUGAGAUGGAGGUUGAGCAAAUAAAUAAGGGAAAAUAUGAGCAUUAUAUGCAGAAAGAAAUUCAUGAACAGCCAGAAUCUUUGACAACUACAAUGAGAGGGAGGCUUAUACGUGGAGGUUCCUGUAAAGCUAAGACUGUUCUUUUGGGUGGAUUGAAGGAUCACCUUAAAACAAUUAGGCAUAGCCGAAGGAUUGUGUUUAUUGGUUGCGGUACAAGUUACAAUGCUGCUCUUGCUGCUAGACCCAUCUUGGAAGAACUCUCUGGGGUGCCUGUUACAAUGGAAAUUGCUAGUGAUCUAUUGGAUCGGCAAGGUCCUAUAUACAGAGAGGAUACAGCAGUUUUUGUCAGUCAAUCUGGUGAAACAGCUGAUACAUUGCAUGCCCUAGAAUAUGCUCUGGAAAAUGGUGCAUUAUGUGUUGGCAUAACAAAUACUGUUGGUAGUGCAAUAGCACGGAAUACACACUGUGGGGUUCAUAUAAAUGCUGGAUGUGAGAUUGGUGUUGCAAGUACAAAGGCAUAUACAAGUCAAAUAGUAGUGAUGGCCAUUUUAGCUCUGGCAAUUGGAGGUGACACAAUUUCCAAUCAAGAGAGAAGGGAGGCUAUAAUAGAUGGUCUAUUUGACCUGCCAAAUAAAAUCAGGGAGGUGUUGAAGCUUGACCAGGAAAUGAAGGAUCUUGCAAAGUUAUUGAUUGCUGAGCAGUCACUUCUUGUCUUUGGGAGAGGAUACAACUAUGCAACUGCUUUGGAAGGUGCUUUAAAAGUGAAGGAAGUGCCUGUUAUGCAUAGUGAGGGGGUACUUGCUGGUGAAAUGAAACAUGGUCCCUUGGCAUUAGUUGAUGAAAAUCUUCCAAUAGUUGUGAUUGCUACCCGUGAUGCUUGCUUCAGCAAGCAGCAGUCAGUUAUUCAGCAACUUCAUGCCCGCAAAGGUCGUGUAAUAGUAAUGUGUUCAGGAGGGGAUGCUGCAUCAGUGUGUUCUGGAGGAGCCUGUCGAGUAAUUGAAGUUCCCUACGUUGAGGAUUGUCUUCAACCUGUGGUUAAUGUAGUUCCAUUGCAAUUACUGGCAUAUCAUCUCACUGUUCUAAGGGGAUACAACGUUGACCAGCCUCGGAAUCUCGCAAAGAGUGUGACCACACAGUGAAGAAUGUCUACUGACGAAUUCCCAUUCACGUUCCUCUGUAAAUUAUUAGAGUGGACACAGUAUGCAUUCUUUUACCUCCUUUUGUUUUUCCUUCUUGAGAUUAUUUGCAAGAUGAAUGGGGUAUAAUGAAUGAAAGCAAAGAUGGUUGAACGCUGAUACUCUGAUAUGAUUGCAUUCUGGGACAUCCCUAUGUGGAAUAAAGUAGGAAGAAA